CACAGAGAGCUAGUGAAACAGCGCAGACGAGGGGACUUCCUUUACCCUCGGCCCUCCAAACCAUUGUCAAAGGAAAUGGAAGAGAGUACAGGCAGGGGAAACACAGGACGUGGAAGAAAAUAUUAAUCAAAGGAUUGCGUGUGUGACCUGAUAGCAGAGCUAAACCUGGACAAAGGACAGCUUGCCAGUGGGGAGAGCGAGAUACACUCAUAGUGCAGAGAGAGAGAGAGAGUUGUUAAAGGCUCCACUAUAAAGCAAGGCAAGGACCAUUAACAGUCAGUGAGAUGAUUCCACAUGAAGCUCAUGGAUCCAUUUAUGGCAAGAGACAUGACAAUGGGCAAGACUAAGGUAAAAAAGGGAGCUUCAUUGUAGAACAAUGAAAAUAUUGAGAACGGAGAUCCACUCUGCACUCUGAAACAUCCUGAUCAAGCUUUGUGGGUUAUAAUACGGGAAAAGCUCCAAGACUAUGAAGUCUAACCAGGAGCGCAGUAAUGAGUGCCUUCCGCCCAAGAAGCGGGAGAUCUUAGCCAUGGAAGAGAAGCAGGUGCUAGUGUCAGCUGCUGCCAGUGAGAGCCAGAGCGGAGAGAAUUUGGCUUGGUUAGCCAGCGUUGCUACCAUGGCUAGCAUGGCCCAAAUCCCUAACAAUGCAGGCCCAUUACGGAGUAACAGCAAUGAGCCUGACAGCCCCCCACCAUCAAAUAAGGCUUGCACUGUGGUGAUGGAAUAUCCUCCAGUGACUACAUCUGCUGGUUUUUCAUUCCCUUCAAAUAGUUCAAUGUACAGAGAUGUCUUCUCUGGGCCUACAGUGCUAACAGCCAAUUCUGCUGUACUCUCCACAAGCCUUCAUCAAACCAUAGGCUCCGUACAGUAUACACAACUUCCCCCCAAUCUCCAGCUCAUAGGCCCCUAUACAAGUUAUAUCUCUUCUCAGAUUAUGCCAUCAACAUGUAGUCCAACACAGCCACGAAGGUCACCGCAAGAGGUCUUGACCACCAGUGCUGGCAUCUCCCAAGCUUCCAGCAUUCAGAACCUUGGCCUCCAGACCCAAGCUCAGGUUCUGCUCCCAGCCGACUACACCUCUCAUGACAGAGCAGGGUUGCAGACAUCAUUAAUGUUGGUUUCCAGUAGCCACCUUGCAGCAAACAGUAACCCAGAGCUCCAAAGUAUCUUGGGUAAGGACCACCCAUCUUUGAACCUUGCCGAGAGUGGAGGUAUCUAUUUACGCAAGCCAAUGUCCAGAGUGUCCACCCUUACAUCCUCAGGCAGCCAGGUGUCUCCAGCUUCCACACUCUUCCCACACACACUCCUGCAGGCUCCUCACAACACUCCCCAACAGGAGCUCUCUACGAGUCUUUACUCUGCCACACAGCUCCCAAUUAUUGGCUACAUCACCAAUGCUCCUAGUGGGUCCCAACAAGCGGUAGCUGGUUACCAGAGCAAUUUGCCACAGCACGUGGUGAUCUCAGGCAGCCCCUCGCUGCUAAUUCCAGUGAGUGCCACUAACUUCAAUCCAUCAACUACUGAGCCGGAGGUUAUCCGCUGUUCUGUCAUCCCUAGUGCAGCCACUGCAUCAGCAGCUUUACCUCAAACCUUUAUCAAUACAGGACCAGCUACAGCUUCAGUCUUACCGAAUGGUCAAGACAUCACAGGUUCUGAUGGAAUUCAUGCCCCCUCUGCCAUGCAAAGUCCAAACCAAGCACAGCUGCCUGUUCUGUCAGCCAGUGUAGUGGGAUCUCCGGUCCCUCUAACACCUCCAGCAUCCUCAAGCCCUCACAGCUCACCAUCAUCACCAUCAGCAAGCCUACCACCAUUCUUCAUGAAGGGCUCCAUUAUCCAAAUGGCGGAUGGUGAGCUGAAGCGUGUGGAAGAUCUGCAGACAGAGGACUUUGUGCAGAGUGCAGAGGUGAGCGGAGAGCUGAAGCUUGACUCCAGCACUGUAGAGCGUAUAGAAUUCAGCCACAGUCCCAAUGCUGUCAUCAUCCAGUUCUCAGUUGGAGAGAACAAAGCACAGGUAUGUGUAGAGGUACUGAUGGAAUACCCUUUCUUCGUGUUUGGUCAAGGUUGGUCAUCUUGCUGUCCUGACCGCACCACCCAGUUGCUUGCACUGUCCUGUGCCAAGCUCUCUGUGGGUGAUGUUUGUAUCUCUCUCACCCUUAAAAGCCUGAAAAAUUGCCCUUUAAAAAAAGAUCCCUUUUCAGACUCUAUAUUGAAACCCAACCCUCAUUUGAAAGGAACCAAAAGCAAUGGGCUCACUGAGGAAAGACCAACCCAAGUGUCAGAUCUUAAAGGGGAUUGUAAAAUAACAUCAGGAGAGGAGAACAAUGUUGCAGGAACACUAGUUGAGACUCCCAAACCAGGAAACAUUUUGACCCUAUCAGAGAAUGGAGGCAUAAACCCUCAAAAAACAUACACAUCUGGUGCUGACAGAGCAGUUUGCCGCAAGAGGAGAUGGUCUGCUCCAGAGAGAGGGGAAAUGAGGAGGUCACAGGAGGACCAUCAGAUUUUACCCAAAUUUUCUUUCCUCCCACAUCAGCUGAAGGUCAGCAUUGAGGGCCACUCCAGCACAGGUUGCUGAGGGCCUUAUGGAAACCACAGAGCAGUGAUGGGGAGUACUCUUGCAAAAGGGUCUAUUUCAAACCAAGAAAUACAUUAAUUAGCCUUACUCGAUUAAUUCAGACUUUGAGAGAUGACAAACAUUUAUAUGUUUUUGCUUGGUGUCCAAGAAAAUGCUUUUGCUUCAACCACACAGAGAUUCAAAACAAAGUGUUCCCCAAUACUGCCAUGAACCCAUUCACAAUGAGCGACAAGGAAGAUGAGAUUUACUUUUUGGAACUUUGUUGCUUUCCUGUGACAUUAAUAUCCAGGUUACUGUUAUGUUGGAUCAUUCUACACAAGAAUUUGUGUGAUCAUUUGAGUUGUUGUGUAUGUAAUUAAUGCUUAAACUUUCUUUUCAAAUCAGCUGGGCAUGACAAUAUUCAGUUGUAUAUACUUGUAUGUUUAUGAGUAUUUUCAGUUCAGUUUUUGUCAAGUGUCUAAUUUAGUCUCCUGAUAUGUGCUGAAUUCAUUCAUAAUCAGGGCCUUGAUUGCAUGUAGACUGUUACAAGGAUUGAUGGCAAAAGGUUAACAGUGAGAUAUGUGUGAGUACUAAUAUGUAGUAGUUUGAUUAUCUUGACAGAAGCUGCCUUCCUUUUGUUACUGCCCCAAUAAGCCCUUGCUUAUACAAAGUUGUUUGAGAGUGGUAGGCUUUGAGUGAUUACUUUGAAUCAGAACUAGGUCAAGUAUAGCAUCAAGAUACAACAUUGAAUGUCGAAUGAUUUAUCCUUAUUUUUUAUUAAAUUGCUGAUAGUCUUCUAGAUAUGCAAUACUGAGCUUUCACAUACCUCAAAUGUGCAUUUAACAAAUAACCCAAUUAAAUGGCCUGAUCGGAUCUGUGAUCUUUGAGUGAGAAAGCAUUAGAGAAAUCUUCACAUUGUGAAACUUAGCAAAACUAAGUUAAAGGAAGUUGAAUGAAUGGAUGGAAACAUUCCCACCUCUGUUUUGUUACUACAGCAACAGACAGUUUUGAGUGCUGUAAGUAAUUUUGUGCAUUACUACCCGUUUUAGGUACAAAGCACUUUUCAUUUAGUAUUUUUCAAUAAUGAUGUCUUCUUAACAUCAUUGUAAGUAUUUUGGUCUUUACUCAGUCCAGCUGCAAUAAUGAAUGCUCUUUUAAAGACAUAAUUAUCAACGUACAUCAGCAACUAUAUUGGUUGCAUUCUUGAUGUUUUUCAAAACAAGCAACCUUUCAUGGGUUUGUCCCAUUCAGAAAUGGUCUAAUGAACGUCUGAUGAAGUUCACAUAAAAUGUUCCUACAUUUAAGAAUUUAAUUAUCUGUAAUCAGUGCAUCGAAGGAGGAUCUGGGCCAGUAGCAAGAGAGCUAUAGUUAUAGAGUCAUGUUGUGCCUCUGAUGUGUCCUGGAACAUUGCGAGUAACCCUGAUUUGCUGAAGACUUUAUUCUACAAUAGACCUUAGUCAUAGUAGGCUGUAUUGAACUGACAUAAAUGACAAAGAGGCUGUGUAGGACUGAAGUACAGUCCAUUCAUUAUUUGGGACUGUUGUUGAUCUUUCUGCUAUUUAAAUUAAUUGAAAAUACAUCUUUACCAAAAAAUAAAUAAAUACAAAAUAUAAUUAUUGUGGGCAAAAACUGGAAAAAUAAAAUACAAAUAAAUGUACUGUACUUCAUCUCUCGCUGCUUUAUUUUUUACCCUAAGCCUGCAUCUAUCUACUCUGACUAAAGUGUAUCAGCUCACUGUGGUUCUGUUAAAACAAUCUUUUUGUUUUUUUAACAGUAUGCUUCUAAUGGCCUAAACAUGGACACUUCUACAAAGGCAUUGGAUUGACCUGCAAAGUAGAGAUUCUGUGAAUAAAAAGAAUAAUAACAAAAACAAAUUUGAAUAUUCACAAUCCUGAAUGUUGAAUAAUAUCCUUAGAUUUUAGUUUCUACUUGAUUUUCUCUGCUCUUUUAUCUAAGCUGUGCUGGUCAUGUUAAAUAAAUUCAAAUUAAUGAAUUUACUACAUUGCAAUUAUAGAUGGUUAUAUGACAAACUUAUUUUAAAUCAUGAAUACAACUGCUAUAUUUUAUUCCAUAAAUAAAAGCCAAGGAAAUAUUUUCACAAAAAAAAAAGUGGUGGGGGAAAAAGUUAAAAAAAAUAAAUCCUGUGAAUAUUUUCACUGACUGUUUAUACAUGAGUGCUUGUAUGAAUUCAGAAAUAUUCUUAGAAUAUAUGUUUUUUGCAAUUUGCACAAGUAGAAAUAUUAAAGUAGUUUAAAGCCGAGUGUAUGUAUGGAGUCUUAUAGAUAACACUUCAUAUCGCCAGCUCUGUGGUUCACGUAAGCUAAACAUUUUGAUAGGUGUGGUCAUAAGUGUGAGUUUUCAGUUUGUUGACCAACUUGAGAAAGGCGUUGUUGUGUAUCUAGGCCCUGGAGUGAGGCCCUCGAAAGGGUUAUAUUCCGAUGGAAUCACAAUUGACCUCAUGUUGUAGAAGUAAUGCUUGAUUGCACAUUCAGUCCUAUUUGGAUAGAUUUAUGCACUUUCGAUGAAAGAGGACAAUACAAGAGAAAUUAAAAGGAUGGUUGAUUAGUAGCCAUGUGGAGCUACAAUAUGUUUAAUACAGUCUAUUGUAAUAGUGAUAUUGGGAAGGCAGUAUAAGGCUCAGUGCUAUGACAAUAAACAAGAAACCAUAAUGAAAGUGUCUACGUUUUAUGGAUUGUUCUUUGCAUCAAAUGUGUAAUUGUUCUCUCUCUUUCUUCCUGUGUUGCUAUGUACAUUUAGACCUGUCGAGAACUUAAUCUAAUAUAGUCAGGUUUCAGCUGAUGUUCCUUUGUCCAAUGUGUGCUUUAUUUAUCAAUUUAUUAUAAUUUAUAUCAAAUUUAAAAAAGAAAUGUUAAAAGGAUAGUUAGUUAAAAAAACUAAACUAAUUUACACCCUCAUGUUGUUCCAAACCUGUAUGACAUUUUCUGGCAGAAUGUAUCAGUUACCAUUCACUUUCAUUGUCAUGUCUUUUUUACUUUUUUUCUUCCAUAUAAUGAAAGUGAAUGGUGACUCAGGCUGUCAUUCUUCUAAACAUCUUUUGUUUCAAGGAAGAUGGAAAGUUUGGAACAAAAUGAAUGUGAGUAUAUGAUGACAGCAUUUUCAGUUAUGGUAAACUAUCCCUUUAAGGCUGUCAACCACUUAAAGGCAUAAAAGUACUAUAAAUAAUUAUAGCAUAAGUCAAACUGUAUUCUCAGGUUGAGAAACUGGCCCAAAUGACUGUUUCUGUUCCUGUAGCUCAUGUGCUCUUCUGAAAAUGUGUUCAUAUAGGAAAUACAACAUUCUGUUGUAUGUACAAGGUUGGGCAUCAACAAAAUAUUAUAUAUCCAAAGACAGUCGGAUUUUACUGUAUGCAUAUAUGCCUCAAUGGUCCAUAGCCAGGAAUAGCUCUAGCAAUAGCACAAGGCCUCAUUAAGGGUUGGGAGACCAAACUUGACAUCUGGAGAGUGACCCAUCAGAACACACUCAGUCACUGAACUCAUUGUUUUUUAAUAUUGUUGUAAAGGAAGUUCUGGGGUAGAUCUUUUACCUCCUGUUAAACCUCAAUGCCAGAGUGACACUUACUUUUAAAAAGACAAAAAAUAGCACAUAACUGAUUUAUCAUUUUCUUAUACAUUCAAUGUAGUUACUAUAUUUGUGUGAUUUGUUGUACCUGUGAUAUUAUUCUCAUUCUUUGACUAGCUCCUUUUCUAAAAACCAACACAAAGCAAUUAUGACAGAAGUCAACCUCAACUUUUCUAACUGUUGUGUGUUUAUGUGAACAGAGCAUCUGAGACUGUUCAGUGAAAUCAGUGAUCAUUUCUUUGGUGGUGCUUGCAAGUUUUUUUUGUUUAGAUUUUUAUUAAAUGGAAAAGGAAUCAGACUUUUGGCAAUUAUGUCCUAUUCAAUGACUUGCUGUAUAGUGCAAAUCUAUUGUAUCUGCAUAAUCACUCUAAUAAAAUACU